GUUCUAUUUGGCUCCACUGGGUUAGAUUAGAGUGCUAAUUAUAGAUUAAAUGACCCAAAGUAUGUCCCGAAGAACCGGCCAUCUUAAGCAAUAGAAGAAGGAAAGGGCUUAUGAGGUUUAUAGAGAGAGCGAGGGAAACAGCUGACAAAAAGAUGAAAAACCAAAAUCAAAUCAAAUCCUUAUGGGAUGAAGUAAGAGAACUGAGUUUAUCAACAACAAUAGAACGCUUAGAUUCACCUCCAACUCCCCUUGAAUUCUUAAGAAACUACGUAUCACCCAACAAACCUUGCAUCAUCUCUAAUGCCAUCUCUCACUGGCCAGCUCUCUCUCUCUGGCCAAAUCACUCCUACCUUACUCACUCUCUCUCUCACUCCUCAGUCUCUCUCCACCUCACCCCUCACGGCCGUGCUGAUUCCCUUGUCCCCACGCCCACCAAUUCACUCUGUUUUGCCUCCGCCCAUGUCAAGAGCUUGCCUUUUCCACUUGCUGUCAAUUGGGUUCUCAAUAGUCAAGUUGGCAAGUCAGUAGCCUACUUGCAACAGCAGAAUGAUUGUUUUAGAACUGAGUAUUUUGAUGCUCUGGGUUCUGAUUGUGAUGGUCAUAUUGAGUGGGCUACUGAGGCUUUUGGUUGUUUACCUGAGGCCGUCAAUUUGUGGAUUGGUAAUCAUUUAUCUGAGACUUCUUUUCAUAAGGAUCAUUAUGAGAAUUUAUAUGCUGUUGUUUCUGGUGAGAAGCAUUUUUUGUUGCUUCCUCCUACUGAUGUGCAUAGAUUGUAUAUUAGGGAUUAUCCUGCUGCACAAUAUUCUUAUUCUCAGGAAAUUGGAGAGUUUAGAUUGGGAGUGGAGGAACCAGUCAGGUAUGUGCCAUGGAGCAGUGUGAAUCCUUACCCUUCUCCUGAGGAUAAAGAGAGUGAAAUGGCUAACUUUCCUUUGUAUUUUAAUGGUCCAAAGCCGUUUCAAUGUACAGUCAAGGCUGGAGAGGUUCUUUACUUGCCAAGUAUGUGGUUUCAUCAUGUACGACAAAGUCCAGAUGUCAAUGGAUGCACUAUUGCCAUAAACUAUUGGUAUGAUAUGCAGUUUGAUAUCAAGUAUGCGUAUUUCAACUUCGUGCAAUCAAUUCAUUAUGAACAUGAGAAUUCAGGUUCUGAUGUAUCUGAGUGCAACUUGAGAGAUAAAUCCUGUAUUGGUGCAUCUGAAGUGGAUGCUGUGGAGUCGAACAAAGAUAAUGAAAACGAAUGAGCUCAUCUCUUUACUUUCCUUAAUAGCCUAUUUGCUGAACUCUUCAUACACUAUGAAUUGUGCGCAAGAACUGUUAUGCAUUAUGUGUACGCCACCAUAGAACCAUUUAUUUGACACAUAAGGGGUAUUUCAGUUUCCGUAGUCAUUUUGAGGUCUUAGAAUACUUUGGCUAUUUUGCGAUAUAUGGUUUUGGUAUUUGUCAAUGUCUCGCUAUAGAUUAAUGGCAUCAUUAACCUGCAAAUUUGCAAUA